GCGGGUAUAUAACGGUGUAUGGCGAUAACCCUUCCUCUCCGUGUGGUUCUCACUGUACAGUCGACAUGUCGAAGAUUUCGCUGAUCGCGUGUGUGCUUAUGGCUGUUGGGGCUCUGGGACAGCUUCCCUCCCCGUGUGUAACGCCACCCCAGUUCACGUUCCGGGGGAUGGAGAUCAACCACGUUGACGACGCGAUUCGCCGUUUCAUCAUCGGCUACGACGCCACCAACAAGAGGAAGGUGAUGUUCGAAGAGGAACGCGAGAUCAUCCCAGGCAGACAAUAUCACGAGUACCUGGUCCUCAACAACGAUAAUGUAGCCUAUGACUUCAACAUGAAGACCAAGGAGUGCAUCAAGUCUGUGCCGAGGACGUGGAGGGACUUCGGAAUCCCCCCUAACGCUACCUUCGAGAACGAGUACUACAUCGGGGGCCCAGGGGAGGAGGUGUUUGCCCAGGAGUGGUCCGACAGGAUCCCCUUCAGGCAAAGGGAGAUGUGGCUGGGGUCAUUCAGUCUCAACAACUGCUACCCAAUCCAUUCCCUCAUCAUCGGACCGGAGGAGACUCCCAACGACACCGUCACCAUGCACUUCUACGACAUCGUCGCCGGUAUCCCCGACCCCAACGACUUCAUCCCCCCAACCGAGUGUCUGCAGGCUGCAUGGGGAGUCUCGACCAUGCCCUCAUACUGGUAGAGGGCGCCACUAGACACCGGGAGUUACGUCCCUUAGGUGUAUUGGUAGCCGCCAUUCUCCGUUGUUUUGAGAGCUGUAAAUGGUCCCGAGACCUGUUUAUUUUUUAGAUGUCAAUUAUUCUAAUACAUAUAUUUUAUUUUACACAAGUUUGCCAUUUGGAGUGUGCUAUGAGAUGUAUGUUGCUGUGAAUUAUUUCCGACGUCAUCACUUACUGAAGUAGUUAUCUCCCUUUAAUCCAUUUCAUGACCCUUUCUUGAAACAGUAACACAGGGACUUUAUUUAAGGGGAGACAAUUGACAUCCGCACGUUCAUCUGUAAUGGCGCUCGUCACAUGAAACAUCUCACGUGUGUCUUUCAACCCAUUUUCUUCAGUGCCAAUUUCACUAUUUAUCUUUUAGUGUCUUCUAGUCGAAAACAUUACAUAUUAAUGGGAAAACUAUUGCAAACAGUCAUCAAGGGCUAGAACUGUGAUAGUAUUACACCAACUGCAAUACAUCCUGAGCGGUUCACACGUUCACGAACACGUAUAAUGGUUCACCGCGAGCACUCGAGCAAACGCACACACACACACGUUCACGUGACUGUCAUGUGACGAUCACAUGACUAAGCUGGCAGGUACCUGUGCAAUACUCAGUACGGAGGUCAUUGAAUUGACAAGUGUUUUGUUGAUUAGUAUUGAUCAUCUUGAUUCGUAGAUAUACCUAGAGAGAUCAAAUUAAUUUUUUUUUACAAUAUUUAAAUAGUGUUGAAGAUACAUAUAUAUUUCCGAUUCAUAUUAUAAUUAGCAAUCACAUACCCCGCUUUGUGUCGCAUCCCCAACCACGGCCAUGUCCAAAGACUACAGGCAACUUUCGUAUCUGUCUUUGACUGUCACUCAUGACGUCAAACAAAACAAUACCGAUUGUUGUUUGUUUACCCUUGCUAAUGUAGCCUGCCUAUGCACCCUUGGAAUGCAUUUAGUGAAAUCUGUGUACAAAUGUGCCUUUUAAUGUUGUUGUUACAAUAACUAUGUUCUACUUUCUCUAAGGAAUAAAAUAUUUUCAGAAAA